AUGGCGUCCGCAGCCGAGGGGGACGUGGGAGCGGUGGUGGAGCUGGCGACGGUGCUGCGGUGCGGUUUCCAGGACCUGAGCCUUAACAAGUUGGCGACGUCCCUGGGCGCGUCAGAACAGGCGCUGCGGCUCAUCAUCUCCAUCUUCCUAGGUUACCCCUUGGCUUUGUUUUACCGGCAUUACCUUUUCUACAAGGACAGCUACCUCAUCCAUCUCUUCCACACCUUCACAGGCCUCUCAAUUGCUUAUUAUAACUUUGGAAUCCAGCUCUAUCACUCCCUGCUAUGCGUGAUGCUUCAGUUCCUCAUCCUCCGGCUGAUGGGCCACACCAUCACUGCCGUCCUCACUACCUUUUGCUUCCAGAUGGCCUACCUUCUUGCCGGAUACUAUUACACAGCCACUGGCAACUACGAUAUCAAGUGGACAAUGCCACACUGUGUCCUGACCUUGAAGCUGAUCGGUCUCGCCAUCGACUACUAUGAUGGAGGGAAAGAUCAAAAAUCCCUGUCCUCUGAGCAACAGAAAUACGCCAUACGGGGUGUCCCUUCCCUGCUGGAGGUUGCUGGCUUCUCCUACUUCUAUGGGGCCUUCUUGGUGGGGCCCCAGUUCUCAAUGAACCACUACAUGAAGCUGGUGCAGGGACAGCUGACUGACCUACCAGGCAAGAUACCAAACAGCACCGUACCUGCUCUCAGGCGCCUGAGUCUGGGCCUUGUCUACCUAGUGGCCUACACCCUGCUCAGCCAGCACAUCACAGAAGACUAUCUCCUCACUGACGACUACGAAAACCACAGCUUCUGGUUCCGCUGCAUGUACAUGCUGGUCUGGGGCAAGGUUGUGCUGUACAAAUACGUCGCCUGUUGGCUGGUCACGGAAGGCGUGUGCAUCCUGACGGGGCUGGGCUUCCACGGCCUUGACGAGCUCGGGAGGGCCAAGUGGGACACCUGCGCCAACAUGAAGGUGUGGCUCUUUGAGACAGACCCCCGCUUCACGGGCACCAUCGCCUCUUUCAACAUCAACACCAACGCCUGGGUGGCCCGUUACUUCUUCAAACGACUCAAGUUCCUUGGAAAUAAACAACUAUCCCAGGGCCUCUCAUUGCUAUUCUUGUCCCUCUGGCACGGCCUCCACUCAGGGUACCUGGUCUGCUUUCAGAUGGAGUUCCUCAUUGUUAUUGUGGAAAGACAGGCUGCCAGCCUGAUUCAAGACAGCCCAGCCCUGAGCAGCCUGGCCUCCGUCAGGGUCCUGCAGCCCCUCUACUAUCUGGUGCAGCAGACCAUCCACUGGCUCUUCAUGGGUUACUCGAUGACUGCCUUCUGCCUCUUCACGUGGGACAAAUGGCUGAAGGUGUAUAAAUCCGUCUAUUUCCUUGGCCACGUCUUCUUCUUGAGUCUACUAUUCACAUUGCCUUAUGUUCGCAAAGCAGUGGUGCCGAGGAAAGAGAAGUUAAAGAAAAUGGAAUAA